UGGCGCGUCGCGCUGCGCGCGCAGGGCGUGGAUUGUGGCGCCGGCGGGAAACGGCAGCGCGGCGGGAGCGGCGGCGGUGCCGGUACCGGAGGCCGGAGCGGGGCCGGGGAUGGCCGUGCCGUUCGUGGAGGAUUGGGACCUGGUGCAGACGCUCGGAGAAGGCGCCUACGGGGAGGUCCAACUGGCGCUGAACCGCCGCACGGGCGAGGCCGUGGCCGUGAAGAUCGUGGACAUGAAGCGCGCGGCCGACUGCCCCGAGAACGUCAAGAAGGAGAUUUGCAUCAACAAGAUGCUCAACCACGACAACGUCGUCAAGUUCUACGGGCACCGGCGCGAAGGCGCCACCCAGUACCUGUUCCUGGAGUACUGCAGCGGCGGGGAGCUCUUCGACCGCAUCGAGCCGGACGUCGGGAUGCCGGAGCCGGAAGCGCAGCGGUUCUUCCAGCAGCUCAUCGCCGGGGUGGUUUAUCUGCACGGCAUCGGCAUCACCCACCGCGACCUCAAACCCGAGAACCUGCUGCUGGACGAGCGAGACAACCUGAAGAUCUCGGAUUUCGGCCUGGCCACUGUGUUCAAGCACAACGGGCGGGAGCGGCUGCUCAACAAGAUGUGCGGGACGCUGCCCUACGUGGCCCCCGAGCUGCUGCGGCGCCACGAGUUCCGCGCCGAGCCCGUGGAUGUCUGGGCGUGCGGCGUGGUGCUCACCGCCAUGCUGGCCGGAGAGCUGCCCUGGGACCAGCCCAGCGACAGCUGCCAGGAGUACAGCGACUGGAAGGAGCGCAAGACUUACCUCCCGCCCUGGAAGAAAAUCCACUCGGCGCCUCUAGCACUGCUGCACAAGAUCCUGACGGAGAGCCCAGCGGCGCGGAUCACCAUCCCCGACAUCAAGAAGGACCGCUGGUUCAGCCGCCCGCUCAAAAAGGGCGUCAAGCGGCCCCGCGGGUCCUCAGGCGGCGUAGGCGACUCUCCCAGUGGCUUCUCCAAGCACGUCCGCUCCGACACGGACUUGUCGCCGGUGAAGAGCGCGCUGGGUGAGGACCGCGCCGGCUACUCCACGUCGCAGCCGGAGCCCGGCACGGGCGGGACGCCGUGGGACAGCGGAGCCGCCGCCAUCGACAAGCUGGUGCAGGGGAUCAGCUUCUCGCAGCCCGCCUGCCCCGAGCACAUGCUGCUCAACAGCCAGCUGCUCGGCACCCCCGGCUCCUCACAGAGCCCGUGGCAGCGGCUGGUGAAGAGGAUGACGCGUUUCUUCACCAAACUGGACGCCGACGGUUCGUACCGUGCCCUGCAGGAGGUUUGUGAGAAGAUGGGGUACGGCUGGAAGAAAAGCUGCGCCAACCAGGUCACUGUGUCGACCACGGACCGGAGGAACAACAAGCUGAUCUUCAAGGUGAACCUGGUGGAGAUGGAGAGCAGGGUCCUGCUGGAUUUCCGCCUCUCCAAGGGCGACGGGCUGGAGUUCAAGCGCCAUUUCCUGAAGAUCAAGGGCAAGCUCAGCGACAUCGUCAGCACCCAGAAGCUCUGGCUGCCCCCCACCUGAGCCCCACACCUUCCUCCUCGUCCUCCUCCUCCUCUGCUGCAAAGGCGACCAACUGCACGCUUCAGAUUUUAAAGGUUCAAUAAAACCCUGGGGGGAAUAAAACUA